AUUUCAACUACCCACUUGUUCGGAUGGGACGACGACGGAAUCUGUCGAAUGAGGCGAAUACCGGAGAUAUAAUACAGAGUCAAAGAGCGCGCGUGUGUAUAUAGAAGACUGACUGAUGAUGGUGUAUUCCAUGGGGAUCGUGAAGCAGGAAUCGUAGAAAAUAGGAAGAUAUUUUUCGGUCGUUUGUUUGUCCCUUUUGUGAACGGUUAGUCUACGUGUGGGACACCCGGAGCGUGUAGUUUCGAGGAUGAUGGAUUGCUGAAGGGAUUGUAUUCCAGGACAGCAGCAGUACAGCAAGCCAGAGUUAGUGCGCAGUGAUUUCGAGGACUGUGUUUUCGGUGGAAUCCAUGUUGAUGGUGUUUUCGUGUGUGAUAAGUUUGAAGUUCGUGUGGGGUGUCUUGGGACAGCGAGAAACUGGGACGGCAUAUAGGAUGCUGGAUUGUCGGACAUAGAUCAAAGCAGUUGCGAGUUAUGACAAUAGUCGAAGAUGUUGGGCACGGUGGAGUAUUUGCGUGGAAAUUGACAGCUACGUGAACUCGCGCGGAGCACAGCAUACAUCCAGAGCAUAUUUUCGUGCAACGGGGUCUUGGUGAGAGCGUGUGUGUUUACAGAAAACUUCUCAAGUUCGUGUGUAACGUGGAAAGACGGGAAAGACCGAAGAAGACGUCGUUGUUGUGUUGUCGAUAUAGCGUAGAGAGCGCUAGCAGAGGCCAUCGCAAAGCAUCGCGGCAAAUGAGGACGACACGGCCGAAAGCCGAAAUAAAGGAAGGCUGGUAUGGUGGCGGAGGCAACACAAACAAAAAGUUGUAAAAAUUUCUCUGAAUUAACAAUAUACAGGGGCGAAGAAGCUCGAUCCAGUUGAACACAAUACAUCCCGCUCCGUCGAUAGAGUGGACGAGUGCGGAGCGUUUGUAGUAAAUAUUUCGGAGAAUUGAAAAAAAGGAAAAGAUACGCGUAGAAGAGGGUUUUCCUUGCUCUCCAUUGCUUUCAUAUUGCCACGAUGGUUUCAUGCUGCCGAUGCGGUUGCUGUUGUUAUUGAAUAUCGUCAAGGCCCAUGCGAAGUAGGUAAAAGGCGAAACAACACCCGCAGAAUCAGUGGAAAACGGCGAGAAAAUAGAGGAAAGGAAAAGCAAUUGGUCGAUGAUGUGCUGAGGUGAAGUUUCAACCAAGAAGUGCAAGAAAAAAAAUCGUGUGUUUUGAUCAAAAAAUGUCGGUGAAAAGCCGUGGAAAUAUGGCAGUAGUGUGAAAAUUGAAUAGCGUGGAUACAUUCUGCCUUGAAAGAGAAGAUUUAAAAACUUCCAAAGUUAAAGAAGAAACGCAACGCAAUGAAUCCGCGCUCGAGUGCGGUGAUGUUCAUGAAGACAAUGUCGGCGGUGAUCGUUGCCCGUUAGAAGAGAAGGUGAAAGACUCGCGUACCUAUACGUCGAUAUAGUUCGGUUGGUAUCGCGCACACGCAGGUUGAUAAUAGCCGAUUUUCAGAACGUGGCACAAAAGGAGCCGUCGCUCGCGGUUCGGUCGGUCUCGGUGUGGAAAACGUGCGACGAUACGAUAGCCUCGCGGAGGAAGCAAAGGUGGCUGGCGAACCAAUCAUGGCCGGGAACAUCGUCAAAUGGUGGAAGCAUAAGAUUCUCGGGGGAUACAAACAGUUUACAGUGCUCCAAGAAUGCGCGACCGACUCGGAGGAGCUGAUCUACCCGGUCCGAGCGCCGUCCGCCUGCAGUGCACCGCCAGAUCUGCUACUGACCAGCGAUCGGGAGCAGAUGUUGAAAGUGAAAAGUUCCAAGCAGCAGCAGCAGUCAUCGCAUAAUCAUCAAUCAUCGCAGCAGCAGCAGAAUCAUCACAGGAACGGCGCGAUGGUCGGUGGUCAGCAGCAUAAUACGAAGGAAUCAUCCUUUCGGAAGUGUCCAGGGAGGACACCAACCGUCAAAAGUGAUCCCGAUCGGGUGCGAUUAGAGGAGUUCACCUGUGACGUCUCAUUGGAAGACGGAAAGAAGCCGCAACCCCUCCAGUUCUCGUUCACUCUGUACGACCUGGACGGUCAUGGCAAAAUCACCAAAGAUGACAUCGCUGGCAUCGUGUCAACGAUCUACGAAUCCAUAGGCAAAUCGGUAGUAGUUCCUCAUUACGGUAGCAAAACGAUUAACGUGCGGUUAACGGUGUCACCCGAUGGCAAAACUAAACCGACCGCCUCGGUAGUGAAGAAGGCAGCCAUCACACCGCGUCGACGUUACCGACCGCGGAAGCUAAUAUCGGACGACGAUGGCAGCGAUACGUCGGAGAACUGCCCUAGGGUGAUGCGUACCCGCGCCAACACGGUAGUGGCGACCACAACUAUCAACAACAACGUCAAACCGAAGGAGAAUAACACUGGCAAAGGCGAGGAUGUUGUGGAUGGACUGGCGAAAAGUUCCGAAGCCGUUGAAACUACGUUCCAUAAUAACCUGAACGGGAAGGGAAAGACCGUGAACGUCAAAAACGACAACAUCUACGAAAGCAUCAACAACCUCAAGUGCUGCAACAUUCAAACAGCCCAAGCGUCCAAAACCAACGUAGCGUUAAACCAAAGUCCAGCAUCGUUGAAUAACUCCACUGCAACUACGGUGAUUUGUCGGGAUUGUUCGCUGGAGGGUUGUACGAUCGAUGAAACCCUACCACUCGGAGCGGUCGUCAUUCCGGCCAACACUACGACCCCCGUUAUUAGUGGUCGAGUGAAGCGAAAGGUCGUGCGUAAAUCACGAUCCUCGCGGAAAGCUUCCAAAGUGACGGAGGACUUCAGCAGACCGAGGGCACGAAGCCUUUCGGUGGGGAAUGAAAACUGCUAUGAAAACAUGAUCGGACCCACCCAGGAGGAAUGCUGGAAGAGUUCACUUUGUCGGCGGGAGCUAAUCGAAAUCAUCCGGGACAGCAUGGUGAAGAACAGUCUCUGUUUUCAACCGAAUAGGAAACCCUUGGAGAGCUCACCAAAGCAUCGUCAUCGGUCACACACGAUAGCGGCCCGCAUCGGAGCAGAACACUGUGGUGAAACGGUUAUGGCCACUCAACAAGCGCUGGUAUCGGCUCACGAGACCAACCUCUGCGGUUAUGAUUCCUAUCUUCAUCAAACCAUUUGUGCAGCUGCCAAUGCCAAUCACGCCGCGCUUCAUCUGAACGGUGGAGUUGUUGGCAAUGGCGGUGUAUUCACUGCGCUUCCCUUAACCACAAGCACGCCCAACAGGCUUUUGCAGCAUCACAGCCAUCAUGCGCAUGCUAAGGCGAAGAGGAAGGAGCAUCGCUUGGCGGUGGCCACUCGUAAUCAGGUGCAUCAUCAGAUAGCACAACCAGUCAAGUUGAGUACGGCGUUACUUAGCCAACAGUAUCCGAAUCUCUCAGCUGAACAGAAGCUGUCCCGAUCGAUCAACCAGGUGGAGAAGUGGCUGGACAACCGUAGCCCAAAGCUCAUCAACAAACUGAAACUGGCCGAAGAGCUAGCCGAGAAGAGUCCUCGCGUGUCAGCCGCCAAGUUGAAAAGAUCCAAAAGCAAGGAAGAGAUUGCUCACAAGUCGACCAAAUUCGAGAACGUGCUGACGUCCGACCUUCUGCUAGACAACCUCAAAAUUACAGAAGACAUCGCUGAACUAAGUGUGGUCACCCCGAAGAAAAUCUUCAACAAGGAGUGCCUCAUCAGCUCGGCAACGAAAAAGAACAUCCGGACGCACCACACUACGAAGACGGUUUCAACGACAACUGCCGUCGGUUCACCCACGGUAGAUAAGACGUCUAAAAAUCUCAUCCAGCUGCAGUACGCAUCGGUGCCGAUCAAUGCCGAACCAAGCGAGUGCGAAAAUCUGAUCAGAAUAUCUGACGCGGAAGAGGAAUCGCAUCAAAACACGUCACCUCAGCCCCAACAAACAACGAAUCAGCAACUACCGCAAUCAACGGUGAGCAGUCCGACGCAUCAUCAUCACCAUGCCAAUCUACUGGGGGAGAACUCCGGGUCCUCUGCGUCGGCCGCAUCGACGACGGCGGUUCACCGAUACGUGCACGAGCACAUCCACCAUCACUACCAUCACUUCGAAAACGACCCGGAUGAGUCUUGAGGGUUGCCGGAAGUCGGCGAUGGGAUGGAGUGUACACCGUCUCCGAUGGAGGAUGUGGGAGAGCGUUGCUUGGAGUUGUUAGAUUAGUAAGCAGUGUUGAAAAAGGAAUUACGGGUUGGGUUUGUUCUGGACAAGAGUAUUGUGUAUGUGUAUGUUUACUGUGGUUCGGGGAAAAUCCAUUAAUUACGAAUCUAUUUUCAGUCUCAGUUUCAUAAUUUAACAAAAAAAAUCUAUGUUAAAACGAGACGUAGUCUUUGGAUUUUUCUUAGGAGAAAAGUUAAUUUGGAAAACAGAUAAUAUGAAUAUUGAGUUGAACCGCAAAAUUUAAAUCAUUUUCAAAAUAUUUAUCUCAUAAUUAUCUUCAUUAUCAAUCUUCAUAACACAUUUUGUAACAUUGUAUUCGUUUACUAAUGAAAGCUUGCGUUUGUCAGUAACAAGCUCAGAUUUCGAGAGCAAAGAUUAAUUUUUCUUUUCUGAAAAACUCUUUUUUCAAAUUGUUAUAUUUUGAAAACGCAAACAAAACACAGGUAAUUUUUUUUUAAUAAUUCAUUAAUUUUGACGGCUCAUUUUUCGCGAAGCAUUACGGAGCCAAAAUCAUGUUUUUCGCGGUUUGGUUGAGGUUGUAACAAUUAAAUGCUUCCAACCAUUUAAAGGUAAGAACACGUUGGAUGUUCUAUUAGAUUCGGCCACAAAUUUUAUAAUAACUUCAUAACCUACGUCUACAGUUCGUACAGCCAAUCAUUGGGCUAUCCCUUAUAGCUUUUUUUUAGAUGGAAGCACACUUGAAAGUGAAUUUCAAGUUCUUUUUAUGCCUGAAAACUUAUUUUCAGUUUCAAUGUUUCUUCAGAACAUAUCAAUAGAAUUUUAUUUGUUUUCUAAGCUAAUUAUCUCUGCAGCCACUAUACUGAAACAAAUAUUGAAAGCCAUUAUACUACGCUGAUUAGGUGAUAGGAAAUUAGAUAAUAAGUUUAAUUUAUCUGUAAAUGUAAAACUGCGGCGAAUGAAUGCAGAAGUUUGAACGAAUUUUAAUGAACGGUUAUGAAUAUAUUUAGUGCGGGAAGUAUUUGACAACUAUGUCCUCAAAUUUCAAAGUAAACACCGACCAUAUGUACUUAAGAAUCUCAAAUGUAUCUUCCUAAGACAACGCGUUGUAUCGACUUCUUAAAUCUAAAUCCAAAAACUGCCACCAUCAGUAACUUAGAUGGGAGCUGCGACAUGUGACAUCUCAAACAAAAGCUUGUAUACGCAUCAAAUAGCCAAACUGUUGAAGUGUAGUCUCAAAUGUUCGAACUAUGCUGUAUUCCUAUCGUAAAAAAACGAGGUAACUAAAUCUUUAAAUUAUCUAACCAAUUCUUAGUGUCGUCGUGCAGCUUUUUUUGUUUUACCCAAAAUCGGUAUCGAACGUUUUUCCUGUAUUUAUUUUAUUUCAUACCCUCUCAAUGAUGCCAUUUCCGCCAGGAGAUGGAAUAUUUAGUCUAUUGCAAGAAUUUUUCCCACCUAGAAGCUUCCUGAAAGCUGACAACUAGUUCAAUAAGCUGUACAUAGAGAAUAGACCAAGUCACGGUCAAAAGUAGUUCUAACAUUGAUCGAAAAACCCAACACAAAACUAUAUUAGGAAGCGAGGGGAAAUUAUUAUACAGAAACUUACAAGACUGAUUUCACGUUAUGAUUAUUAUUAUUAUUACAAUUACUACGGCACACCUACUAUAAAUGACUAUUCAAACCGCAACUCACAACAAGGGUAACUGGAUAACUUUGCACGAGGUAGAUUUUUUUCUGUAUAUUUUCAUUAGAUCCUCAGUGAUGGUGAGGAAAAUUCUGCAUACUGAAUGUUCAGAGAUCAAAACAAAAACAACGAAGACUUUCGACCGUGUGUGUUUUCAUUGCGUCUUAAUAUAUUUUCUCUCGACGUAUAUAGUAGCUAGAUUUCGUGAAAAUUUGAUUGUUCAACAUUUUUUCUAUGAUCCUUUAAAAAGAUUUUACUCGAUGAUGUUAACAUAUUUUUACUACAUUUAACAACUUUCGGAAACAUUCGGCAUAUGCGUAAAACAUUUAUGUACUAAAUUAAGAAGAGCAAACAAAAUUGCUAUUGCCUAUUGGAAUAAGCUUUCAGCGGCCAUGAUUUUCUAUUAGAUAAGAGGGUAGCUUAAAAUGUGACGAGUAAAAAAAAUCGAAUUUCAUUAGAAAAAAAAAUACGAAACUAAAUCAACAAGUUAUAAAAGUUUAACAUUUUAUAGUGUGUUUUGAGGAGAAAAAUGAUUCAAAAUUAUGUUUAUACUUUGGAAUGUGGUGUUUGGCUUUGGCAGCGAGAAAAAAAAAAUAAAAUAAAAAUUGUUAAGACGUCGAAUAAAACUCAGCAAAAUUUAAAAACAAAUAUUAUCAAAAUUAACCUUAAGGAUCUUUGGUUCUGUUUCCAGUUUAAAAUCUUUAAUCUUUACUGCGAAAAAAAUGGUUUAUUUCCAUCUAGGUUGUAAGUGGGUCUGAUUAGUAGUUGUAUCAAGUAAGACUAAUUUAUUCCGAUAAAUGGCGUGUACAUUUUCCGCAUUCAUUAUUUACUUUUAAUUAUCAAUUAUUAUUAUCUUUAUUAUUAUUAUGAUUACUCUUCUCCGCGAAGGACGUCGAAACAAAAUAUACACACAAAAUGUUUGAAGUUGAA